GGGGGAAAGUGAGGGGGGGCGAGAAAGAAGAUAUGUGAAGAAAAGGGAGUGGAAAAUAUUAUACAGGCAAGAAGAAGGGACAGAAAGAGGGGAAAAGCAGGUCACAGUAUGGCGCUGUUCCCGUUCUGCAAGACGCCCGCAGGAGCGAUCAGAGUGACCAGAAUACAGCUUGUCCUGUACUGCUUUCUCCUGUCUCUUAUCAUUUACUUCCUCCAUGGACGUCAAGGCGCUGUCGGUGUGGGGUCACCUCAUCCUAUCUUUCAGGCCUUGGGAAUGGACAGGGGAAGAGUAAUGACAGACAUGACGAUUGUCAAAGCAGCGGUGCCAAAAACUCCUCCGGAGACACCGUGGGGUGCUCCUUUAGUGUGGGGUGACUCCCGCAACUCAGCUUGGCGUAGGGCUAAAUUUGCACAAAGGGAAAUCCGCACAGGUCUGCUGACCCUCGUGGUGGGAACGUACGCCAAGUUCAUCCGGCGUUUCCUCUCGUCUGCUGAAACCCACUUUCUCCCCGGUCAGAUGGUCACCUAUUACAUUCUCACAGACAAUCCCCGUUCUCUGGAUCCCCCCAUGGAGUUGGGGCCUGAUCGACAGCUGAAGGUGGUCCCCGUUGCUGAGCUGCCCGGAUGGGACAGGUUGGCCCUCCGCCGGAUGACCCUGCUUGCUGAUGCCAUCAGGAGCCCAAUCAGCGGCGAGGUGGAAUACAUCUUCUGUGCUGACAUCGAUCAGGAGUUUGUGGCCCCUGUGGGAGAGGAGAUCCUAGGACACUUGGUGGCCACGUUGCAUCCAGAGCUCUAUGGGAUGCCACGAAAUGCAUUUCCUUAUGAAGUCGAAGAAGUCUCAUCAGCUUGCGUGCAGGAGGACGAAGGAGACUACUACUACACCUCUGAGUUAUAUGGAGGCUUGGUUUCUGAGAUGUACAGACUGGCUCGAGCCUGCUCCCUGCUCAUUCUGCAGGAUCAGGCUAAUGGGGUAAUGGCCAGGGGCCUCGAGGAGAGCUACCUGAACCGCUACUUGAUCAACCACAGGCCGACCUGUGUGCUGUCACCUGAGUACAGCUGGUGGGACUCGGCCCUGGCCGCGGAUGUGCCUGUACAGAGGCUGGUCUCCUUGGGAAGGCAAUGUGAUGCUGAAGAUAUGCAGAAGAGAGACGAGCACAAAUGUUGAAUCAGCGCAGAAGGAGGGUUCUGCUGGCCGAACCCACUGAAGUACGGAUGUAGAUUUCACUCCAACAUGAAGAACUGCUGUUUAUAGUGUUACACUUCCUUUUGAAGAAGGUCUCUGCUCAAAUAUUAGGCAUAUUACAUCAGGACUGGAGACGAAGGGAAAAGAUGAAGAGAAAGCACAUAUUCCACUCAUCUUUAUUCAUUUCAUAAUUCAGAAUUUCCAUUUAAUUUUCUGUUCCUGAAGCCAGUACAUGUAACCUGCAACCCCACAGGAGCACACUGCACAAUCUGCUCUCAAUUAAA